AGUGUCCUACCCAGUGAAAUGUGGCUGGGGGUUGUACAAUCUCUGCCCUUUUCCCAAAGAACCCCCACCGCUUUCUCCCUGGAGCCACACAAAAGCUAAGAAGCAGCUAGAGAAGCAGUCAUGCCUGUGACAAAGAGUGCUGGGGGCCCCCAGGGCACUGUUGACCUCAAACUGGACCUCAGGUCCCCUCCCAAAAGUGCCAAGAAGAUGCAGAACAAGGACUCCAGUUUCUGGGAUGGACGCCCUUCGGAGUCACCAGGCUUAGAGAAGACCAAGGGCAUAACAGCGUUCCAGACCUUGGUUCACCUGGUGAAAGGCAACAUGGGUACAGGGAUCCUGGGACUACCCCUGGCUGUGAAGAAUGCGGGCAUCCUGAUGGGCCCCCUCAGUUUGUUGGCCAUGGGCUUCAUCGCUUGCCACUGUAUGCACAUCCUGGUCAGGUGUGCCCAGCGCUUCUGCCACAGGCUUAACAAGCCCUUCAUGGACUAUGGCGACACGGUGAUGCACGGCCUGGAAGCCAGCCCCAGCGCCUGGCUCCGGACCCAUGCCCACUGGGGAAGGAAUAUCGUGAGCUUCUUCCUUAUAGUCACCCAGCUGGGCUUCUGCUGUGUGUACAUUGUGUUUCUGGCUGAUAAUUUAAAACAGGUAGUGGAAGCAGUUAAUGGGACCACCAGCAACUGCCAUUACAAUGAGACAGUGUUUCUGACGCCGACCAUGGACUCACGACUCUACAUGCUCUCCUUCCUGCCCUUCCUGGUGCUGCUAGUCCUCAUCCGGAACCUCCGGGUCUUGACCGUCUUCUCUUUGUUGGCCAACAUCAGCAUGCUGGUUAGCUUGAUCAUCAUCACCCAGUACAUCGUCCAGGAAAUUCCAGACCCCAGCCGGUUGCCACUGAUAGCAAGUUGGAAGACCUACCCUCUCUUCUUUGGAACAGCCAUUUUUUCAUUUGAAAGCAUUGGUGUGGUUCUGCCCCUGGAAAACAAGAUGAAGGAUGCCCGCCACUUCCCAGCCAUCCUGUCUCUGGGAAUGUCCAUCAUCACUGCCUUGUACAUUGGCAUCGGGUCUCUGGGCUACCUGCGGUUUGGAAAUGACAUCAAGGCCAGCAUAACCCUUAACCUACCCAACUGCUGGCUGUACCAGUCAGUCAAGCUGCUGUACGUUGUUGGGAUCCUGUGCACCUACGCCCUGCAGUUUUAUGUCCCUGCAGAAAUCAUCAUCCCCUUCGCCACCUCGCAGGUAUCAAAGCGCUGGGCGCUGCUUCUGGACUUGUCUAUCCGCCUCGCCAUGGUCUGCCUGACAUGUACCUUGGCCAUCCUCAUUCCCCGCCUGGACCUGGUCCUCUCCCUGGUGGGCUCCGUGAGCAGCAGUGCCCUGGCCCUCAUCAUCCCGCCCCUCCUGGAGAUCACCACCUACUACUCGGAGGGCAUGAGCCCCCUCACCAUCGCCAAGGACGCCCUGAUCAGCAUCCUGGGCUUCGUGGGCUUUGUGGUGGGGACCUACCAGGCCCUGGACGAGCUGAUCCUCUCGGGACAAGCCCUCAACUUUUCCAACUCCACCGUUUUUAUUCAGUGAGAAUGGCACUGCUCCUUCCCCACCAGCACCUGACUUUUGCUGGUAUGGAUAUCUUGUGUAUGCCUUAUCUUUAUUUUACCUUUUUAUCUUUUUUUCUGGGCCAAGUCACAGUGAAGCAAACAAGGACUCACCAGCUACAGGGUCUAGAUGGUAAUUUACAGAUUUGUUUUUAUUACUUUUCUUUCCAUCUCUAGCUUUCCCUUAAGUUGAGAGUCUCCCAUGGAAGGCUCUUGAUUCAUCCAACUUCUUGGCAAUUUACAAGGUGGAUUUUGUACCUUGAGUGGUGCUAUGCAAGAAGAGGCCACCAGGGGGAAGCCAAGUGACAGCAACAGGCGGAAGGAGGUGCAGCUGGCUAAUGCUGACUGUGAGCUGGUAGACAAAGGGUUUCAAAGAACAUAGACUAGGGGAUUCAAGGUAUACACAACUCCUGUGACAAAAUAGAUACAGCAAGGAGGUCCAGUGUGAGCUGCAACUCUCAGAAAGGAGCCAUCAUAUUUAAGUCAAGGGCAGUAAACUUUCUAAACCACUGGAUAAAGUUUUGGCCCAGUUCAGAGAUGCCAACAGUAGAUAGGAGGUGUGGCGGUAGAUGUGUCAGUGGCAGGGGGGAGGGGAGCGGACAAUACCAUUACAGUAUCUGACACUAUUUACCUCUUAAUUCUUGCAACAAGCAUUCUACCUGUUGUGUGUCAAGCAUAGUUCAAGGUUCUUAAGAGUAGGUUGCAGAAAUGGCCACAAAUUCCUCUUGACAAUGUGACUUUGCAGCUCCUCUCAACAAGAGGUGAAAUCUAUUUCUCUACCCCUUGAAUCUGGUCUUGCCCUCAUGACUUAUUUGGACCAAUGGGACUUUAGUCAAUGUGAUGCAAGCAGAGGUUUGGUGAUAGCUUGUGCAUCAGGACUUUCAUUUCUCGCUAUGCUGUGGAGCCACGACCAUCAGGUGAAGAAGCCUGAGCUAGCCUACUGGAGGAUGAGAGGCCAUGUGGAGCAGAAGCGAAUCAUCCCAGUUAAACCCAUCCCUCAGAUCAACCAGCCUGCCAACUUCAAGACACAUGAGGGAAGCCUCCUAGACUACACCCAGCCCCAGCCAGGCUGACCCAGAUCCUAAGAAUUGCCCAGAUGAUCCACAGAGUUGUGAGAAAUAAUAAAUGUGGUUUUAAGCCAUAAAGUGUGGGAGUUUUUAUGCAGCAAAAGUUAACUGAUACUCACUCUAAAGGAGAUAUACCAAUGAGAACAGCAUCUCUGCCCUCAAAAGCUAGUUCACUAUCCACUGGGGAAGAAUUAGAGGUAAUCAACUAAGUCGAUAGCAUCAUUGGUCCUUUUAAGGGCAGAGGGAUGCUGACUGCUCUGGAGUACUGAGUAUGGCUUUCCACAGGUGGCGCCAUUGACCUGGAUUUCGAGUAGAACUUGGGUCUCCUGACACUGAAUCUUGCCCUCCUUCCACUCCGACCUGCUUCCUUGACAGUCCUGGGCCUUUUCUCAUGUCUGAGCUUGGCUGGCAGCAGGAGCCAGCCAACCUGAAACACCAUCUCAACCUUCCAGGUAGUGUUUGGUCCUUCCUAAAAUCACUAAAAUUAGGAAAGUGUCCCCAAAUAACCGAGUAGAUAUUACAGGGCAGAUCUAUAAUCCCAGGGGAGAGAGUUUCACAUCAUACUCCAUAAUUUAUGGGAAUGCCCCAUGCUUGUUUCUGCCUCCAUUUUAAGAGAAUAUUUGAAAAAGCCCUUCCCUGCUUAUUUUCAACCGUGAUCCUUCCUGUAUGGCCUAGGGAAGAUGUUGGGGAGAGUGUCUGUCCCAAUUCCUAAAUCCUGGUCUGCUCCUUUUGUGUGUUACUUUCUACCUGCUAGACUUCAAGGCGGUACUUCAUGUGCACCAGCCCUGCUUAGGUGAGAGAAGGGCCAGCAGACCGCACCCAGAUCCCCUAGACUGCAGAGUACCUGCUGGGAAUCAGGGCGCUCAGAGCCUAUGCAGUGGUCCACAGCCCACCUAGCCAGAGGGCUGAUCAUUUCCCCCCUGCACUUGUUUCAUCAGCAGACCCCAAGCACUUCUGCUGACGGGCUCAGAGCUGUGGCAAAGCUUCCUUCCUCUUUCUGUGCUUGCCUCUCCCGCCAUAUUCCUCCAUCACCCCAACCA